GCCAGAUAGGCCCAGGAACACAGGGCGAGCUAGCAUUAGCAGACAGCCACGCUAACGUCACGUCUGUCCGAACCAACCCACCACCCCCACCAUCACCAGCUAGCAUCCCAGCCGAACGCCGUAAACCCAGAAUAUCCACAAUACGGAUCCAUUGGCGAAUCAUCCCUGGAAGCAUGACGUCGCGCCACUAUUGAAUCGAGCUACACGUCACUCUGGACCCAGCGCCCCUCACUAACCACUAACCCGAGCCUCGCAAUCAUGUCGUCUGGCCAAACACUACUUGAACCCCUCGGUACCCCUCAAUUGCCCUCUUCAUCCUCAUACUCUCAGCUUCAAUUGCACCUUGCCAACAUUUGAGUCUUCUUCUUCUUCUUCUUCAAUCAAUACCCCACCGUCACAAUGAUUCCCGUUCCCCAAGCAACCGAGCUCAAGGACCUCUUCAGCCUCAAGGGCAAGGUCGUCAUCGUCACUGGUGCCUCUGGCCCUACCGGUAUUGGCACAGAGGCUGCCCGCGGAUGCGCCGAGUUUGGCGCUGACCUCGCCAUCACCUACAACUCUCGUGCUGAGGGUGCCGAGAAGAAUGCCAAAGAGAUGAGCGAGAAGUAUGGCGUCAAGGUCAAGGCCUACAAGUGCCAAGUCAACGAGUACGCCCAGUGCGAGAAGCUCGUCCAGGACGUUAUCAAGGACUUUGGCAAGGUCGAUGUCUUCAUCGCCAACGCCGGCAAGACUGCCGACAACGGUAUCCUCGACGCCACUGUUGAGCAGUGGAACGAGGUUGUCGAGACUGACCUGACUGGUACCUUCAACUGCGCGCGUGCCGUCGGUCUCCACUUCCGCGAGCGCAAGACUGGCUCCCUCAUCAUCACCUCAUCCAUGUCUGGCCACAUUGCCAACUUCCCUCAGGAGCAGACCUCAUACAACGUCGCAAAGGCUGGCUGCAUACAUUUGGCCAAGUCGCUUGCCAAUGAGUGGAGGGACUUUGCCCGUGUCAACUCCAUCUCCCCUGGAUACAUUGACACUGGUCUGUCCGACUUUGUUCCCCAGGACAUUCAGAAGCUGUGGCACUCCAUGAUCCCCAUGGGCCGUGACGCCAAGGCUACUGAGCUUAAGGGCGCCUACGUCUACUUUGCCUCUGAUGCUUCGUCGUACUGCACUGGCUCCGAUCUCCUCAUUGACGGUGGUUACUGCGUCAGGUAAACGUGUCGCUCCUGGACAAGGAUACGAAGGAAUGAAUACAAUAAUAUCCCAGCGCAUGCCGGAAGCUAUGAUUACAUGUAUCUAAUUUGGAAAUGUCAAUAAGCUUCGCAGGUUCCAUAAAUCUUGUUUACCCA